AUGGUUUGUACACGGCCUGACAUUCCUCAUGCAGUUGGUGUAAUGACCAGAUUUCUUUCUAAUCCAAGAAAGGUUCACUGGAAAUCUAAGUUACAAAAGUGUGUUGCUUUGUCAACUAUAGAGGCUGGAUAUAUUACAGCAAUUGAAACAGAUUUGAGUAAGAACGUCAUGUACCAUGCUAUAAUAAAGUACAUUAAUGUUAGAUAUCACUGGUUAUGUUUAGUGAUUGAGGAACAACAGAUGCUGUUGAAGAAAGUUUAUACUGAUGAGAAUGUAGCAGAUAUGUUGACUAAGAUAUUUUCUAAAAAGAAGCUUAAACUUUGCAGUAACUUGAUCGGAAUGAGUUCUUUGGCCAAGGUCCAACACUCUAACUCUAAAAAAGAUGAGGAAGAAGAACUCCUAUUUUUUUUUUGCUUCACAAUGUCUAGCCUAAUUAUUAUUUUGCUGGGGUAUGGCAAUAAGUCACUAGUGUGCUUUUCUUCUUGGUCAGUCAAUUCAGCCAAAUUCUUUGAUUAUAAAUUGAUGGGCAGGGGAAAGAAAAAAUCACUAAGAGUAUCAUUUUCUUGUCCUACAAAAAUGGCGUCUGAAAGCCUCAGUUCUCCAAUCAGCAGUGUAGCCACUGUGUUAUGGUGUGCCGGUUUGUUGCUUGUAGGAUUGUUUCCAACCGCUAUUACUGGAAUCACAAUCAAGGGACAUGAGAGAGAUCGCGAAGCAUUGCUUGCCAUAAAGUCACAAAUUAAUCAUGAUCCACUUGGAGUCACAAGCUCAUGGAACGACACUGUAGCCUUAUGUCAGUGGAAAGGAAUAACAUGUGGCCGUAGGCAUCAGAGGAUCACCAAGUUGGACUUAAGCCAGCAACGGUUGCGAGGUACCUUAUCUCCCUAUGUAGGGAACCUCAGCUUCCUUAGGUUCAUCAACCUUCAGGGCAACAAUUUCUAUGGUGUCAUCCCCCCUGAAAUUGGUAGACUUUCGAGGGUUGAAAGUUUAAUUUUAAAAAACAAUUCCUUUGGAGGAACAAUACCAGCCAAUUUGACCCAUUGUUCCAACCUCAUUCAGUUUAUCGCCACCCAGAACAACCUUGUUGGAAAUAUCCCUGCCGAGUUUGGUAAUUUAUUGAAGUUAGAGAAACUAAAAAUUGAUAUCAACUCUCUAACUGGGCAACUCCCAGUUUCAUUGGGGAACCUUUCCAGUCUACAGCUGCUUCAUGUAGGUAGCAAUAGCUUGCAAGGGAGAAUUCCUGAAACAUUCGGCCAGCUUAAAAGGUUAGUCAAUCUUACACUGGACGAGAAUAAUUUCUUUGGCUUAGUUCCUUCUUCGAUUUAUAACAUCUCUUCUCUAGAGAUAUUCAGUCUAGUAAUUAAUCGAUUCCAUGGGAGCCUCCCUGACGACAUAGGCUUCACACUUCCAAAAGUUCAACAAAUUUAUUUUGGGAUUAAUAGUUUCUCUGGGACUCUACCAGAGUCAUUAUCCAAUGCUUCAAUGUUGGAAAUAUUUGAUGUUUCCAGGAAUCAUUUCAGUGGCAAAGUGUCCAUUAAUUUUCAAAACGCCAAAAAUCUUUCAUGGCUGAAUAUGGAAAGUAAUAAUCUGGGAAGUGGUGCUGCUGGGGAUUUAGAUUUUUUAACAACCUUAACUAAUUGUAGGAGAUUGCAAGCGUUUAGCAUAACUAAUAAUCAGUUUGGUGGCUUGCUACCAAAUUCCAUAGCAAACCUUUCGAGAACAAUUAGAGUUUUAUACCUAGGUGUUAAUCAAAUAACCGGCACCAUACCUUUGGGGAUAACAAACCUUACAAAUCUAAUGGGAAUUGGUUUGGAGUACAACCAACUGACUGGCAUUAUUCCUGAUUCCCUUGGUAAGCUUAAAAACCUGCAAUCUGUAGCCUUCGGUGGAAAUGCUUUAACUGGGAGAAUCCCUAUCUCUGUAGGCAAUCUUUCACUGCUAAACGCGAUUAGUUUAGAAGAUAACCUCUUAGAGGGUAGCAUACCUGCUGGGUUUGAAAAAUGUCAAAAUUUGAUGUUGAUGAUAUUAAAGUCCAACAGCCUAACAGGUCCAGUUCCCAAAGAGAUAUUUAACAUCGUAACACUCUCAGUUGACCUUGAUCUAUCCAAUAACCUUCUAACAGGAUCCUUUCCUUCAGAAAUAGGAAACUUGAAAACUUUGGUAGAACUGGAUAUAUCUGGAAACAAGUUCUCUGGUCUGAUUCCUGCUACUCUAAGUAGUUGUACAAGCUUGGACGCUCUUUAUUUGGGGAAGAAUCAUUUUUAUGGAAGUAUCCCAUCCUCUUUGAGAUCCUUGAGAAGCAUUGCAAAGCUAGAUCUGUCAAACAACAAUUUGUCUGGUCAAAUUCCUGAGUAUCUGGAGAAAUUAUCCUUCUUGAAAUACUUGAAUCUCUCUAACAAUCACUUCGAAGGACAAGCUUUGUGGGGGAAUUGCUGA